AACAGAGGGACUCAAUGGGUGCGAUUUAAAGUUGAGGAUUCCAUCAGUCGUAUCCUGAUGAACCACACGCUAUAUCAUUUCAUUAUUAAGUUAUUGUUUCAUAAAUAGAAAAAACUUUUUUCAGUGUAAAAAAUGCUUUCGAUUAGUCAGACGGUAAACUGUUAAUAUAUGGUGGAUAUUCAGAAGCAUGCAAUGUUUCUGAGUAAUUAUAAAUUUAAAGCAGGAUAUUAAAUCAUUAAAAACAUUAAGUUACUCGAUUUCGUAUUUUGAAUUAUGGCGUCGUCAUACUUACUCACCUGCUUGUGUGUAGAACUUGUAUUACUCAUCUAAUUUGCGUUGUGUGAAACUCAACAGAUGUCAAAUGUACCGUGUCUCUGGCGGAUUAAUCGCAGUCAAGAAAUGUGCAGACGGUACUAUUUUUGUCGGGUUUGUAUAUUUUGUUGAGUCACUCUUCAGAUGUGUUUUCCUACUUGAGGUUCAUAAUAAAUUGAAUAAUUUCACCAGAGACCAAAUGGUACUUUAGUUCACGGCAGAUACAGCAACAAGCCAAAACAACAACAAAAAAAACGACACAGUGCUUCAGAAAUUACUCGAAGAACAUAACCACUCACGUUCAGCUCUCAAUUUAUACUGCCGUGACCCCAGAUCAUAACUGCUAUCAAGAUAUUUUUUUCCAGUUAACAUACCUAAUGACACUAAACUGUGUGGACACCAUUGUCAUUUCAACCACAUGGUGAUAAUGGUUAGAUUGAUUCUGGACUUGGUGCGGCGGCCACUUAUUUGAAUAACACAUUUGUUUAUAGUAAGGAAAAGAAAGUUUAGGGCGGGGGCAAGAUAGUCGCAGAAAGAGCCCAGGUACUAUGAGACUGUGGUUUGAAUAGGUUAGUAAUUAACAACAGUACAAGAACUGUCUUUUUAAUUUAACAAAAGUGAACCAUAACAAAUGGAAAACAAUCAAACUUGCGCGGAGGAUGAUCUUCGUACUUCAAAACAGUUUUCAGCUCCAGACACCAGUGACACCAGUGACACCAGUGACACCAGCACUCCUGAAAGGCUGGGGGAUGACAAAGAGACAGACUUGAAGGAGCGCCUGUUCAACAGCCUCCUGAAAACAGCCCUGCUUUCCAGGCUGAUGGACAAAGAGGUCAAAGGCAGAGAGAAGACCAAGGAUGACCGGAAAGCCCUGGAUGCUGCCUUGCCGGAUAUCUUGAAGCUCUGGGGCGAGGGGAGGAAGCAGAAGAAGGUUGUGACGACGGCAGUAGUGGUGGGGGAGCAGAAUAUUGGCACGGAGAGUGAAGGUUCAGAGUGGAUGCCCGUCUUUGGAGCCCCGCUGGAGGAGUGUGCCCAUCGGACUAUGCUGUGUGAUGGGGUUCGCCUACCUGCUGUGUUCCGGGACUGUGUGGACCACAUUGAGGCCAACGGCCUGCAGCGGGAAGGGAUCUACAGAGUAUCUGGUCUAAAGAGCAGGGUGGAAAACUUGAUGCUACAGUAUGACCGGGGGGGGAGGCCGCCCCUUUAUGAGAUGGACUACAACUCGGUGGCCUGCCUGCUGAAGCGCUACCUGCGCGAGCUGCCUGAGACUCUGUUCACUGCUGAGCUGCUGCCCCACUUUGAGAAAGCUGCCUCUGACUGCUGGUGCCAAGACCGCGCUGGGGAGGGCAAGGCGGUUCUUGCACUCCAGUCUCUGCUGGCAGAGCUGCCCGAGAUACACCACUGCCUCCUGUCCUGGCUGGCUGUGCAUCUCCACCACGUCAUCCUGAAUGAGGACAAGAACAAGAUGAACAUCCACAAUAUCUGCAUCAUCUUCAGCCCCACACUAAAGGUAAGCCAAGCCCUACUUCAGGUGCUGCUGAGCCACGUAGAAGAGCUGUUUGGAGAUGUGUCCAUGCAGCCAGUGGUGAGGCCUCUUCAGUGGUCAGAGCUGUCAUCCAACCCUGAGCUGCUGCACACUCUGGAGAACCCCGAGGAGGAAAUCAGGAGACAGGAGUUCCUGUUGAAUCGGCUCCACUCAGACCUCAAUUCCGGUGUGAAGGAUCCCGCCAAGGAGGAGAAGCUUUGGGAAGUGCAGCGGAUUCUCACCAUGCUGAGGAGGAGGGGAAGGAUGAGGAGUUCAGAGGAAAGUCAGUUGCUGGUCCAGCAAAAGGAUCUACUGAGGGAGGAGAAUCAUCCAGCCCGAGAGAUUUCAAAGGAGGAGACAGAGGAGACAUUGCAGACGGGCAUUCAUUUAAUAGCUUGGAAGAGAAUCAACAGCUGGCCACUCAGAUAACAGAAGAGAUGGAGGUCAUAGGUCAGCUUCAAGGGCAGAUUAACCUGCUUCAUCUUCAAGCAAUCCAUGAACCUGCGGCAUUACAAUAGAAAAAGGACUGAAGAUUUUAAGUACGACAGUAAGAAAAAUACUUGUGAUAAUCCAGAGAAACAAUAUUGUACUUCAGAGUGUAUAGAUUUUUAUACGAAAAUACAAACUUAUACAGGGUGGCUGUUUAAGUCAAUUUGUAACUUCUUGUCUGCUGCUGUGGAAAAAUCUCAGAAACCUGUCAGUUAAGCAUCAUUUUAAUGUUUUCCCAAGAGUGAGUUCUGGCUAUAUUGAGCAGCACCUGUUAGACAUUGUAGUCUUAUCCCCUAUUUUUCAGUUGCCUCUGAAACUGUCUCUAGUACAGUGGCUAUGGUUACUGCUUGCCAUGUCCCAUGUCUCUAACGUAUUUUAUUAAAUGUUAUUGCGUGUUACUGAAAUAUAUUGUUUAUUUAUAUUUUAUGUAAGAUGUAUUUUGUGUUGUUUGUCCUGGUUUGUUUUGCUUACAAAUGGAAACUGCUGUGUCAACUUUGUCAGCACACACAAGCUUGACUUCAAAAGACAAAAGUAUCUUCCUACAGAAAUGAUGUUGCGACAUAUGUUUUUGUCUGUGUGGCAUACAGUAUUCCACUUAAAUAUAUACUAAAGAGAAGCUAGGAAUUUCCACUUGUCCUGUAGUCAUUUAAUUUUAUAGAUGUUGUACUUUUAAAGAGAUUUAUUUUAAAAAAUGUUUGUCUUGUUUCCUGUAAUCAUAUCCUUUGCCCCUUCACUUAAAAAAAUAAAAAUAAAAAAAACGA